GCGUCGGCGCAUGCAAGCGGGUCGCGCGCCGCGCUACCGUUCUACGUUUUCAAAACAAAACAGCCGUUCGAUUGUUCCAGUUUGAAAAAUCCACCACAAAACGAUCAAACAGUUCGCAGUAUUCACAAACAACCAGCAACAAGUGAAACGAAGAGUGUGCUGUGCUCGCGUUGUCGUCUCCUGGCGUUGGUUCGCGUAACACGAUACAUACGAUAUUCUGCAUCGUCCUUUUGAACUUAAAAUGUGGUGGGAGCAGUGCUGCGGUUGACAUGUGUUGUACUAGUUGACACAGCUGUGGAUUGUGCUAUCAUGAUGAUAUACAUACAAUUAACAUGUCUCCUAAUAAUAGCCUCAUCGUCGUUAGCUGUACGGUUUCGACUGAAUCCUACGUCAGAUAUGUCAGCAGAUGAAAAACUGCAAAGGGGAAAUAAAACGCUAGAUCAAUCGGAUGAAAGCGGACAUGAAGUAGACACAGACAUUGAUGAAGUAAAGGAAAAAAAGUUUUUAGAUGAUGCUAUGAAAACAGUAUUAGAUCCUAAUACGUUAAUUGUUAAGGCAAAUGAUAUUGUAGAAACGUUUAAAUACCAAUUAGAUGAGUUAGAUAAAGGUAACGCAAGUCUCGACGUGUUUAUGGAUGAGAUGGACAAAUUAAGUUUGGAUGUUUGUAAAACAUCACAAGACGCUCUUUGGUCUUAUGUUACUGAUAUAAAUAAUGAAACGAAGAAGAAUAAAAUGGUCAGAAUUGCCGCCGAAGAAGACGAAAUAAAGAAGCAGUAUUGGAAUAUAUUGAAAAAGAAAUAUUUGAACGAUGAACAUGCUAUGAAUGAUCCAAAGAUGAAAAGAAAGAUUAGGAUCAUUAAGGAACGAGGAACGAAUGUGCAGAUGCCGCAGAGUAAACAAAGAGAAGAAAUCGAUACGAUGCAAAGAAUUUGGAGCCGCGUUACAGUGUGUGCCUACAAUUCUAGUUGCGGUUCGGAAGACUCGGUACGAACGAUGAGUGAUGUGAUAUCGAUCUUUAAAACAAGCAACGAUACAAAAGAACUGGCUUAUUACUGGAAGGCUUAUCGCGAUACUACUGGCAAGAAAAUACGUCCAAUAUUCAAAGACUAUGUUGUUAGAAUGAACAGAGUUGCUGAGUCAGAAAAUUUCACUGACGCUGGAGAUAUGUGGAGAUUUGCAUUCGAAGACGAUAAUUUUGUUAACACAGUUGAUAGGAUCUGGCGGGAGAUCAAGCCUUUUUAUGACUUGCUACAUGAUUAUGUCAGAGGAAAACUGAAAUUAGCAUAUAGAGAUGUUUUUAGGAGCAACGACAAAUUAAUUCCAGCUCAUAUUUUAGGCAACUUAUGGGCUCAAGAAUGGCAGGCAGUAUAUCCAAAAGUAGUGGCGUAUUCUGACUACAUGAGGCCUAAACUGCCCGCAAACGAGACAAUACACUCUAAAGACUUGUUCGAUGCUGUGGAUGACUUCCAUCAGUCUCUAGGCUUUGAAAGUGCAAAGAAUUCGUACCAGGAUGUCAAAGAGACAAUGACUACUGCUAAUUGUUUGCCUUCCAGUCAUGAUAUGUGUGAUGGCGUAAAUUAUAAAAUUAAAUGGUGCGGUGAAAAGGUGACGGAUGUAGUAGUGGGUUUAUCACGGGCUGCAAGACUGCUUGGACAUGUUCAAUAUUUCAAGCAUUACAGAAACCUUCCUCCUUUGUACAGGGAUGGACCGAAUCCAGCGUUCCACGAUGCAAUCUCCGAUAUCGUCGCCGUUCAGUUGACCUCGCCAGAACACUUGAAAACCCUGAACCUAGUGAAGGUCGAUACAGGUCCAGAAGUGACGCUGAACCAUCUACUCUGGAUGGCCUUGGAAAAGUUUCCAUUGAUGGCCUACGCGUAUGUUUUGGACAAAUGGCGCUGGGACGUCUUUGGGAACAGCAGUUUGGAGCAUUGGAACCAACAUUGGUGGGAUUUGAGGGUCAAGGAAACAGGAGUGUCUCCACCAGUACUCAGAAAUGAAACGGAUCUCGAUCCUGCUGCAAAAUAUCAUGUUGUAUCCCACGUCCAAUAUAUAACAUAUUUAAUUUCCCACGUAUUGGAGUUCCAGAUUUUACUAUCGCUGUGUAAGAAAGCGAAUCACACAGGACCUUUACACGAAUGUUCUAUCUAUGGCGUAAAAGAAGCGGGGAAACUUCUCAGCGACGGCAUGGCGCUGGGUGCAAGUGAGGACUGGAGAACAGUACUACAAGCCAUAACUGGUGAAACUGAGCUAUCCACUGAGGGUAUACUCCAGUACUUUGCAGAUCUUCAGAAAUUCUUAAAAGAAGAAAAUGUCAAGCUUGCUGCACUAAAUGGAGACAUGGACCAAAGUGCACCAAUCAUUGUCGGCGCCAUAGUAGUGUUAUUGACAAUUCUAAUCAUCGUGCUUUAUUGUGUAAAGAAACACGAUUUUGGUAGCAAAGUGUUCUCCACUUGCGGUCUCAGUAAAAACGGAUCUUUGGACAUUGUGACGAACGAACUACCUCAAGGAAAGACCAAUGAGGUAGAUGGCAUAAGCGAAGAUAAGGUUUAAAAUUCAACAGUAAAAUAACCUUAACGUGAUUAGGUCUAGAGGUUUUAUUUCUAAAUGAAAGUAUUAGCAAAUAAAGAAAAAAUCAACCCAGAUGAGGUAAAUCAGUAUUUAGUUGUUAUGGUGCCAGUGAUUAUACAAAAGUUACGAUUUGAUUACAUAAUAAGAUAAGAUUUAUAUUUAUGUAUGUAAAAGAUUUAGUUUAUUGUUUUAGCAAUAAGUUUUAACGUCUUGGGUAUGAUAAUUACGAAUAAACUUGGUUGAACGAAUGUUCAUUUUUAAUUGUCUUUGUUAUUUAUUUAGUUAAAAACCCUUUAAAUAU